AUGCUCGGUACUGCUCCACAGACUGUACCGCGUCCUGUUCUCACAGUCAUCAAAGCUGAUGAGUUUCUGGUGGUUAGCGGGAAUGUUUCUGCCAACAACCAUACAACGAUUGGUAUUUUUGCAGACUCGCACGGCUCUCCUAUUCGCGGUACUCUGCAAUGGUCCAGCUAUCCCAAAGCAUUAUGCGUUGAAUUCCCGUAUAUCGCAGCACUUUUACGAAACCAUACCAUCGAAAUCCACAAUAUUCUCGAUCAAAAACUUCUCCAAAUUAUCCAACUCGACCCAUCAUUUGAGCCUCGUGGCAUGUCGUUCGGUCAUGGUAUCAAGGUUUGGAUGGAAGGUAUGGCAGACAGGCUCUCAAGGCGACCGUGGCUGUCAUCGUCGACUAGCACCACCAACAACAAUAAUAGUGAGGAUGACGAGUUACAGCUCCAAUUACGGCGGCAAGUUGCUCGGUUUUCUACUCUGCCUGCUCGAAUUCUUGUAUACGGUCGUGACAGUGUAAAGGCGCAGAUCGUUACUCCUCUGGUGGUUCAAGUCGACGCGUUACUGGAUACGAAGAACUUUGAAGAAGCGUUGGAUAUGGCCGAUCAAGCACGUAACACGCUGUCGACAGAGAACAAUACCCAUGUAGAACGCAUGCAAUCAGAACUAGAUUUUAUUUACCAAAAGGCUGGUUUGCUUCUGCUGCAAGAAACUCUGUUCGAAGAUGCUUUUGCAUUACUAUCAAAAGGAAAUCUGGAUCCACGGGUGGUGAUAUAUCUAUUUGGCGAUCUCUCUCAGUCUUCCUGGAUCAGUGAAACACCUAAUGUAUCAUUAUUCGAUGGUAUUCGUAGUUUACUGGAAAGUAUAGGAAAUAUUGAAGGUGUUGUAGCACAAACUAUGGAGAAAAACUACUCGCCACACUUGGAAGAAGAAGAUGACAAGCGGUCAAGUCCUACCAUGGAAAUGCGGCGCGUCUUGUUAAAGAACGCAAGAGAAGCAUUGGAGAGAUACCUCACAGUAGAACGCGGAAAGCACAGGAAUUUGAUUGGAAAAGGAAACGCAGUAUGCAAAGUAAGUUACUCGUGUAUACUGGUUAAAGACUAG